AACAUAUCCAUUCUGAAGGUCAUCAACUAGGCUAGCACUGCAAAAGAGCUCACUAGAAAAGAUCAGCGUUCCUGUCACGAAAGCCCGGAGACAUACUCUUCUGUAGGUUACGGGUGCUUGUUGUAGUCCGCACCGCUACCGGAAUGGGCACUCCGUUAGGACCGACGGAGUCCGUCGUCUUAAAGAACGCUCUCUCAGUCUUGACUACGGGACAGGGUCGGACGGUUCCUGGAACUGUGGGGAAAUUUACCGUAGAUUCUGCUGUGAAUGAGUCCCGUAAGUUUGUCACAGGUGGGAAGAAAGUAUAUCAGAUUGUGCAGGAAGGCUUAAAAGAGCGACCUCUUUUACACUCUUUGAGCAGGAAAAGAAAACAAAAUGAUAUUAAAUUGGUAGAAAAGAUGCAAGCAAAGACAGAUAUAACAAAUGAAGGAGACAUGAAUGAAGUGAAGCAGCAGAUUAAGGCAUCAGCCGAGGCUGCAGGCCAGGCUGAUCCUCCGAAGAAGGUGCCAGAGGAUGGCAUUGAAGAAGCAGAUCUUCCAAUAGCUAAACAAAAGAGAAUUUUUAUUCGUUCCCGUCUGUAAGUUGCGACAACCACUUUGAAGCACAGAAAACCAUGACGUUUUAUACUCAUCGGAAGACGCUAAUCUUCAAAUUUAUGAAUGUUAAUAUGGAUAUAUUAUACUGUCAUGUAGUAUCCUUGUACGAAAUAGGAAGAAUUCCUUCCUUCAUGUAUCUCAAUGUUGAUCUUCCUCUCUUUUUGCA